CUCGACGCUUGCUGCACCACGGCUCCGCGCGCUAAAAGCUGCACUGCAAGCGCGUCUGCGCAUUCAUUUAUUGCUUGCAAGAACGUCCGCGACACGUGCGAUUCGCACAAUCGCGCCACACCGCGUGCCACUGCUCUCAAGUGCUUGCACACAAACUCGCCGCGCGGCGCAGUGCGUGACACGCGAGCGGACGCCAUCGCUGCGCUGUGACACGUGAGCGCACGCCAUCGCUGCACAACACAAAAAGAUGCCAAACGCCGCCGCCGCCGAGGACCUCGCCGCGGCCUUCGCCGACGUGCGGUCAAGGCGACAAAACAAAGAGACGAUACGGCGCCCGCGCGUCUACGAGCCGCUGCCCGGCGACUAUGUAGUAGGGAGAGUAGAAGAAAGGAACGCCGAGGGCUAUAAGGUGAAAUUGAUGGGCGCGGCGGUGCCGGGCGUGCUCGGCGCCGUGGCGUUUGAUGGGGCGACGAAACGAACAAGGCCCCACUUGAAUAUUGACGACCUCGUGUACUGCCGCGUGCUGCGCGUGCCGCGGGGCGGCGAGGCGGAGUUGACUUGUUGUGCGCCGCCGAAAGGGCCGCGGCGCGAGUGGACGACGGGCGCGGCGACGUUCGGGCCUCUAUCUUCAUCUGAAGCAUUAAUUGCCGUCGUGCCUCCCCAAUUCGCGGAAUUGUUGCUGGAGCGCGACGCGCCGGUACUGAAAGCGCUCGCGCAAUAUAUCGCGUACGAGGUCGCGAUCGGCCUGAACGGGCGAGUGUGGUGCCGCGCGGCGACUUUAGGUGAUGCGAUCGUCGUCGCGAACGCGCUGGAAAACGCCGCUUUCUUAGAGGAUACUGCGGUGGCGCCCAUGGUCGGACAGGUGAUCAACGCGAUGCGUGCGAAGACGGCGUCGCAGGGGGGCUACGCGCAAGCUGUAUCGGGGGAUAAUCCUAGUUAG